AUGGCCACGUCGCUGACGGGCGCCGGCGUGCUGUGGGCCGCGCUCUCGCUCGCCGCCGCGCUGCUCUGCUGCUCCGGCUUCUACCUGCCCUUCUGGAUUCAGAAAUAUUUGGGGCACCAUUGCUUCCGACUUCAGAAGCCAUUUCGUUUCAUCUUGGCAGCGCAUUACUGUUAUGGUCAUUAUGCCUUAGUCAGAGAGCUGAACGUCUGUGAAACGACGCCGUGUUUACCAAAGCCCUCCGCGUAUCCGAAGCGCGUUGGGUCGCCGCUGGCCCAUUCGGACGCGAUGGGAUUACCCGGCGGCGGCGGCGGCGGCAGCGGGGCUCGUGUUGCUUGA